GGCUCACAGUUGGCUUGCCACCAAUGGCCCCCCAUCAGAUCCUUUCAGACUGAGUCAAUGCCUCAAACUGGCUAUGGUUCGCCUCUGUCACUGACCUUCUGCCAACCAAUUGAGGAAGGAGAGAUGAUGCAGCGCCGCUGGUUUGGUGCCCCUGCAGCCAUUGUUUGCUCACCGAUUACUCCCGGAGCUGGACCUUCGCAAAGCUCACGAAGAGCAGACCGGCAAAAGACUGUCUCGGCACUCUGUGCUUCCACAGCACUGCUGCUUUUUGGCCGUGGGGCAAAGCCGGGCAGCAAAACCCGGCGGAAAGUUCGCCCAGAGCGCGAGGAGGUGGUCAAAGCGAGAUUGGCCGAGCUUCAAAAGGAAAAGGAGGUCUUGCCCUACGCGCAGCCGCAAGAAGCGACGAUCCAGUGGCCCAAUGUCUUGGACCCCAGGAAGCGCCAGGCAGAUAAAUCCACUGAAGUGGAGGAAGGCGAAUUGAAGAGGCAAAACUUCCAGGGCAAGCGAGAGCGCACUGUGCGUGCACUCAUGCAGUCCUUUCUACGAAUGCAGGACCCGAUGCGCAUCAUACGAUUUGGGAUAGAGCAUCCUGAGGGCGAUGGUCGAGGAUGGGCUGCAGUGUCGCUCACGCGUCUGAAUAAGACGCAAGAAGCUGCGAAGCUUGCUGCCGGCCCUGACGGGCAAACGCCAUGCGGCUACCAAACCCUCAGAUAUGUGGCGCAUGCAUGUGCCAAGGAAGGGGCGGUGGAGGCCGCCUAUCACUUGUCCCGCUUGCAGCGGAAAUGUGGACGGACCAAGUACAUCACUGCUGGCUCCAGAGUCUUCCAAAGUGCAGUGGAGUCUUCCGCUCUCUACCUGCAGUCCACAGCAGAUCAGAUGCCGAAGCUGCUGGCAGGCCAUGGUGCAAGAGUGGCAGAGGAGAUUGAGUCACUGAUGGAGCUCAAGAACGAGAUCUUGGCCCUCACUCCGAAUCGACGCUUCUUGAUGCUGACCGAGGCUUUCAACCAGCUAAUCAGAUGGUACGGACGAGCUCGCCUUGUUCCACAGGCUCUGCGUGCCUGUGAGAUCAUGAACGAGCUCGGAAUUCCACGAAACGACAUGACCCUGCACUUUCUCAGCAGGGGAUGUGCGCAACAGUUUGCGUGCCUGAAGAAGGCCAAGCGGUACACACAGGCUCCGAAGGAUUUGCCUGGACACCGGCCAGAGGUGGUGUUCAUCGGCCGGGUGAACUCGGGCAAGUCAUCCAUGAUCAAUGCCUUGUUCAGCUCCCUCACGAAGUUCGCUCCAGCCUCCAAGACCAGAGCCUACACGAGGAAGUUGAUGUUUUAUGAGGUGAACAGAGAGCGAGCAGGACUGCCACACUUCAUGAUGGUAGAUACUCCUGGUUUGGGUUGUGCUGACAUUGAGCGAGCGGCUGCCAUUACAAGGGAGUGGCCUGACCUCAUCUACGACUACCUGAAGAAUCGUGAAUCUUUGAAGCAUGUGUUCCAUUUGGUGGAUGCGCGCAAUCACAAGCUCCUACCCGCCGACAAGCAGCUGAUCCACUUGCUGGCAAGGGCCCAGCGGCGCAGCGUUCGCUUGACCAUAGUCAUCACCAAGAUAGAUGUGUGCAAGCGAGCUGUUGCAAACAGCACCGCCAAGCGAAUACGAGAGGACCUUGCGCCGUACUGCGACGUGGACAUCAUGUUUGCCAGCGCCCGCAGCCUUCGAGGUGUGGAUCAUUUGUGGUCAAAGAUUUGGCAGUCCGUGACAGAAACUCCACGCGGAAGAAGGCACAAGGACAUUGCUCGAAAAGAACUUGAGCGACUCAUGAAAGGCGGCGACCCACUGAAGGCUCCAAGCUUGUCAGAGCUUAUGGGAAUGCCUGACUACCGCGACCAGAUGCCACAGGCCAAAGCGUAUGACGAGGAAUGGGCAGAAGACACAGACUACGAGGUGUCGGGGGAGCAACAGGAAUACUUUGAUGACAAGUGGGGUGAGGAGCUGAACGAGGAUGCUGACUCAAGUGACGCGCGGACAUCUGAUCUCCAGCGGCUGGAAGAGGACGACGACUUUGCAGCUGAUGAGGAAUGGAAUGAUGACCAGCUUGAGAAGCGAUGGGAGGCUUUUCCUGAGAAUUGGGAAAGCGAAGAGGAAGAGGCAGAUGUGCGGAAAAACAGCUCGAGAGCUUAAGGGAA